AUGAGUGACUCCACAGAAGCCAGGACACAGCAGCUGGGUGCCCUGGAUGAUGAAGAGUGGAUGAUCAGUGGCACUAACUAUUCAGUAAAAACCUCUGGAUCAUUACCAUAUUCUGGAAUCAAAAGUUUCACAGGUUGUCUGGGACGUGGCCACAUGGUCCUUCAGCUCCUCGCCUUCCUGUUCUUGGCUGGGCUCCUGGUGAUCACACUUGCCCAAGUCUCCAAGGUCCCAAGCACCCAGGGGCAGGAGAAGUGCAAGCCUGAACAGAAGGAUGAAAUCUCUCAAGAGCAAAAUGAGUCCAAGCAGGUGCUCGCUGAGCAACUGAACGAGCUGAAGACCGAACUUCUCUCCAAGAUCUCCCAGGGACAUAACAAUUCCAUGCAGAAAUUCUUUGAGCAACUGACCCAGUUGGAGGCUGAACUCUUCUCCAAGAUCCCCAUCUCCCAGGGACAAAAUGAGUCCAUGCAGAAGAUUUCUGAGCAACUGAUCCAGCUUAAGGCUGAACUCAUCUCCAAGAUCACUAUCAUCCAGAAACAGGAUGAUUCCAAGCAGGAGAAGAUCUCUCAGCAGCUGACCCAGCUGCAGGCUCAACUCUACAGCCUGUGCUGCCCCUGCCCCUGGGACUGGACAUCAUUUGUAGGAAACUGCUACUUCUUCUCCAUGUCCCAACGGAAUUGGAACGAUGCCGUCACAGCCUGCUAGGAGAUGGGGGCCCAACUAGUCAUCAUCAAAAGUGAGGAGGAGCAGACCUUCCUGCAGCAGACUUCUAAGGCUAAAGGACGAACCUGGAUGGGGCUGUCAGACUUUAACAAAGAAGCUGCGUGGCUCUGGGUAGAUGAGAGACCAGUCUCCCCCUGCUUCCAAAAGUAUUGGAACAAAGGGGAGCCCAACAACAUCGGAGAGGAAGACUGUGCAGAAUUCUCUGGGGAUGGCUGGAAUGAUUCUAAAUGUGAUCUCAGAAAGUUCUGGAUCUGCAAGAAGGCUGAAACCCUGUGCACCACCAGCUAA